AAAGGCUUAAGAGGCGGGAAAGGGGUGUGAGCAUGAAAGCAUCCUUCUUGCUCUUACUGAGUCGCAGAGGGAUGGAGGGAGAAUUAGGCGUCGCCUUUCAGACCUCCAGGAAAACGGAAAGGGGCAAAUCGGAAUGCAGAUGAAAUCUUCAAAAAUGGGGCAUCAGCCGUUCUGUAGCCUACUUUCUACCCCCAAGUCUCCUCGCUGGAGGAAGGCUCUGGGCCGGUUAUGUCACUCUUCGUGCUGAAGAUCAAACCCACAUGUGAGACAAGGAUUCUGCUGCUGAGCCCUAUCCCCAGCCUUGUUGGAUGGAUUUUAACAUAAGUCCUGCCUCUUACUUUUCAGUUAGCACCUUUGUAUCAAGACUGCGAAUCAUUAUAAAAUCUAUUAUAAAAAUUAAUUUUUCGUAGAUACUGUAUACUGGACAACUGUGACUGGGCCAGGAUUAUCAAAGUUUUGGCUUUGUUACAAAAACAGUUCAAGAUUUCACUUUUCUUUGGUGACUAAGUGGGCAGAUUGUGACUUAUGUCCAUCCAAGAAAUACAUAAACAUGCAGUUCUUCCUCCUAUCAUUAGUAGAUGUGACAAGGAAUUCUUGGAAAGUACGCAAAGAUACAUAAUUACAGAAAUUGAAAGAGUGGGCUGUAAUGAGGAAGGACCUGCUGAUGAAUAUUACAUCAUAUACCAAAAUGUUUUUAAUAAGGUAAUAGACUAUGUCACUGCAUACAAAUCCAUUCUUACUUCAAUCAAAAAAGAAUAUGAUGCCUUUAUUGAGACACUAAAGAAAGACCGAAGAACUACAUUUUUUCUUCAUGGAAAACUUAAAGUUUGGGCAGCAGAGCCCACAGUUUUGGUAUAUCAUCAGAGAAGAGCUAUCCAGCUUGAAGCAAAAAUGAGGAUUAUUGAAAAUAAUUCCUUGAAGAUUCAAUUGCAAAUAGAUCAAAUGAAACAGCUUAGGGAAGAGUAUGACAAAAAAGAAGCAAAAUACUAUACUCUCUCCAAAGAUCCUUCAAAACCUAUUCCAGGCAUGACUCUCCAAGAUUCUGUUAAUCUAAAUGCUCUCAGGAAAUUCAGGAAACACCUUGAAGAUAAAUACAGAGAAAUGAAGCAAGCUAUGUUGGUAAAAUAUGUACCAAUUCAAAGGAUGGCUGAUUUUGAUGAGGAAAUGAUUGUGUUAUUAAAACGGCGAGAUAUAGCUGAAAAUCUGAAUGAAAGAUUACAAUUUCGUCAUCAAAGACUGCAGAUUAUUUUAUAUGCACUUUCUUCAUGGGUAAAAUCUGAUAAGAGCAAAACAUUUGAAGACUUCGUGGAAGAAGUUCAGAAAACCAAAGAUUUUCAUGCAUUUAUAGUUGACCAAGGCUUUGUUGAAGAACUGCUUGAAGAUGAUCCAAGCAAGGCAAAAAAUGCUGAAAUUAUACUGUACUACAUUGAAAGAUUCAAUGAACUAAUGUCACUUGGUGAAUAUGAAAAGGCAGCUUAUUUUGCAGCAAGCAGUCCUAGAAGGAUUCUUCGAAACAUGGGUUCAAUGGAUAAAUUUAAGGCUAUUGGAAAAAUUAAAGGAAGAACUCUUCCAUUACUCUUAUUUUUUGAGGCUAUAUUUAGCACAAGCCAUGCUUUUAAAACUCCUGUUGAUGCAGAUCUAACCCUAGAAGGAAUCAAAUGUGGAUUAUCUGAAAAACGGCUGGAUUUAGUUAUCAACUGGGUCACCCAGGAAAAGCUGACAUUUUCAGAGAAGGCUGGGGAUGUGAUUUAUGAUUAUGGGGAACAAGACACUUUUAACAAAGCCAAGUGCCUGGCUUUAGCUCAGAUUAUCUACAGCGAAUGUGGCCUGCAUAAGAAAGUUCUUCUUUGCCUGUGUAAACAGGGUCAGAUCCAUGGGGCCAUAGAAUACUUACAACAAUUCAAGGACUUUGCUCCUGAUGACCUGAUGAAGCUAAUAACAUUAUGUCCUCAAACUGAACUCAUUCAAUGUCUCACUGAAGAAAAGAAUGGGAGACCACCAUUUUUAUCUUUUGGACUUGCCAUACUUCAUCUGUUCUCUGUGAAUAUGGAAAAAGUUGGCAUUAAGCUACUCCAAGAAAUAAACAAAGGUGGGAUAGAUGCAGUAGAACAUCUUGUGAUAAAUGAUUCAUAUUGCUCCCUAGAAAUGUGGCAAAAAUUGGCAAAUAUAUGUUUACAGAGUGGCUUUGACAAAUUAUCUAAUGACAUCAUAUCCAUUCUUCGAUCUCAGGCUGGAGUUGCAGAAAUUUCUGAAGAAGAACAUACAGUCAAUUUAAUGGAACAUGUUUUUUGGUAGUUCUGUAUUUUAGCCAGUUGAGGGAGCUUGUACAACAUUUUACAGGCAAAUUAGUUUUCUCAUAAUUAACUUACAAAUAAAUCUAGUGCAUGAAGCUCUCAGAAGUAAAUCCUACUUCUUUUUGUUAUCAAAUUGGCUUCUUAAAAAAUUUUUGAAUUUUUGAAUCCUUGAUAUUUUUAGGAAAAAACCUCUGAGGUCCUUUUUCUGUGUAAUGCAAGAAAAAGCAAGAUGAUACUUCAGGGUUGACUCGCUGACAAAAAGCUAGAGUACAAUAAUUUUGUAUUUAAAAUUCUGCUGAUUUAAAGAUGUGCCCCAUGAUUUGGCAUAUAUAAAUAUGGCAAAGAUUAGGCUUCUACUAAAGUUGGGCAUCUUAACAUGUUCUUACUUAGAGGGAAGAUCAGCCAAGGUUUGCUCUAAGUAGAACUACCUAUAGGCAUAAAUGUAUUUGAAGUCAUAAAGUGUUAUUUUAUAUAAUAAAUAUUUGAAGUAUUUGAGAACUCAGAGUUCUGUGCCUUGUAUAGGUGUGAUAAUCAAAAUCGUUAAUGAUCAAUAUGACAGGGGCACCAAUUAAGCGGAACAGACAUCCAACCAAUCAGAACAGCUUUCUGUUCUUAUUGCCACAUCAGAACAUAGCAGCUGAAUGUCAGCCUUGACUAUGGGGUAUGGUAAAAAUUAGCUGCUGUUACAUAGAAUAGGAAUAAAAAACUUAAUUUUUUUCUCCUAAAUUUAAAUUGGAUAUGUAUUUUUUAUGUCACAAUGGAAAGAAUAUGAACUUAGAGUCAGUCUUAUUAAAAUUCUGGUACUAUCUUUUACUCAUUUGUGAAAUUUGUCUGAUCUAGGCUUGUUAUGAGGAUUAGUGAUAAUUUAUAUGUAUAAUAUAACAUGAUGGAGAAAUUUAGUAGAAGAUGGCCAUCAUUUUUAUGUAGUAGGCCCCAGAAGCACAUAUUCUCUGCUUAGUUUAUACUUAAUUAAUCCCACAUUUCUAUCCCUUUGUAUGCUACAAUUGUAAUUCUUUAGAGUAGUUGACGUUAGUUUAACUUAUUGUUUAAACUCAUAUUUUGGUUGCCUGGCAUAUAGUAUAAAUCCAUUAAGUGUACGGGCUGAGUUUAAUUUUUCCAUAUAGUGCUAAAAAUUUCUAGAUAGCUAUACUUCAGUUUUCUAAACUUUAAUAAUUUUACUAAAGUAAUAUGAAUAGUUUAAAAAGCAACAUAUUAUUAAGAUGCUUAUGAUAAUUAAUAAUAUUUUUAUUUCUGGUCUUUCAUUAGCUGUGAUUUUUUAAAAGAACAGACGAAGUCAAGAAAAAAGAAGGGAAAGUAAGAGGGUAUUUCAGCCACAUCCAUUCUUUAGGUCACAAUGGUUUAAGUCCUUUUUUCCUUUGAGAAUUGCACAAUUGAUAGCAAGCUCCUGUGGGUUCACUGACAGAACUUAGGAACAAAAUGUGACCAUGAAGGCCAGGGGGAUGAAGUAGCUAUAUAAAUCUGGAAAAACCUUGAAGUAGCAGCUGGUUUUUUUUUUUUUUCUUAAUUUUACCUUGAUUUUGAAAUGUUUUCCCUUUGCUCAUUAUGAUUCCUUCUCAGUUAUCAUUACCUUUGGCAGCUUUCCUAAGGAAAGUAAAAGUUGUCAAGUGAAUAUAAAUUAAAAUGCCUGGAGAUAAAAGUUGGGAGGAAGAGUGAGAAUACAAAUGAAAAGGGGAAGGAGAAAUAAUUGAGUUGUGAGCUAUGUAGUUGUGAGCUAUAAGAACCUCCCUGUAAUCUACACUGAAAGAAGUAUAACAUGGGCUCACCACAGAAGCCUGCCUUACAGACCAGCUGUACCCCUACUGAGCUCUGUGCUCUUUUCCUCAUGCUUAAGAUGAUUUUUUUUUUAAAGGAGGAAAAGUUCAUUUAGGGGCUCAUGGUUUCAGAAGUCUCAAUCCAUAGAUAGCAGGCUCCAUUCCUCUGGGCUCAGGGUGAGGCAGAACAUCAUGGCAGAAGAGUGUAUCAGAGGGAAGCAGCUCACAUGGUGAUCAGAAAGCAGAGAGAGGUCUCCACUUGCCAGAUACAAAUAUACAGGCCAGAGCCACGCCUCCAAUGCCCCACCUUGUCUAGCCACACCCUACCACUUCAGUUACCACUCAGCUAAUCACUAUUAGGGAAUUAAUUCGCUGACUGGGUUAGGACUCUCAACAACCCAGUCAUUUCUCCUCUGAACCUUCUUGCAUUGUCUCACACCUGAGCUUUUGGGGUAUACUCACAUUCAAACCAUAACAUUCCAGUCCUGGCCCCCAAAAGCUCACACUCAUCUGACAAUGUAAAAUACAUUUAGUCCAUUCCCAAAACUCCCUAUAGUGUCAACUCUUCCAAGAUUGCUCAAAGUUCAAGUCCAGAGUCUUCUCUGAACCUCAAGGCAAUCUUGCAUUUUGAGGUCCUGUAAAAACAAAAGCAAUUUACAGGUAUACAAUAUAUAAUGGUACAGAGUAAAUAUUUCCAUUCACAAAAUUAGGGGCAUAGAAAGAAGAGAUAGGACCAAAGCAAGACCAAAAAUCCAGCUGAGCAAACAAGUCUUAUAGCUCCAUAUCCAGCAACUGGGACAUAUGGCAUUGUGGUAUUCUCUCCAAAGGGCUUGUGUAGUUCCACCCCUGUGGCUUUGUUGGUUGCAGCCUAAGUGGCCUUCCUGUUGGCUUAUUUCUGCUAGAUUCUUGCAGUUUUCCUAGGAUGAUGUCCCAUGUUAAUCUUGGGGGUUUCCACUGCAGCUUCAGCUUCCUUGUCAUAUCUCCACACUUUGCUUUCUCAGGGUGCCCACAGGGACUCUGACCCUGCUGAACCUUGCCUGCACUCCCAGGCCUUCCUUUGAAAUCUUCGUAGAAGCCUCCAUGACCCUCUAACUUCAGCAUACAGCAUUCCUGUAAAACCAGCACCAUGUGGUGAUGCCAAGGUCUGCCACCAUCUCGAGCAGUAGCCAAGCCUCCAGGGACCCUGGCUGUAGCAACCUCUGAGUGCCUGAGUAGCUGAGCAUGUUGAACAACUUCCUAGGCCCCCUUGUGCAAGAAGGGUGCCCCACUGGUCUCUUCUCAAGAGAAUUUUCUCUUUUAUUCCCUUGAGCUUGAGCUAGGUAUGGUCUUGCCAAUUCCUGAAGCAAUCUUUCUUAUUGUCUCUGAGCAAAAUCUUCAGGAUUUAUUUAGUGGCAUAAUGUUUUUAACACUUGCAACUUCCUUAUCCCCAAUUUUAUUCCUGCUUUUCAAGUUCAAGUUUUUCAAAUAUUUCUGCUUUGUUUUCUACUCCUGAAUAUCAGAAUAAAUUUGGCUAAAAGCCACCAGCAAUAUCCAUGCCACUUCCUGAAUGCUAUGCUAUCCCAACAUUUCUUCUACCAGAUUAAGAAGUACAUCGCUUUUAAAAUCCGCCUCACAGAAAGUCUCAGGAUACAGGCAAAGUGAGGACAAUUUCUCAGUCAGAACAUAACACUAGUAGCCUUUACUCCAGAUUUUAAUAGGAUCCUCCUUUUCUGAACCCUCUUGAGCCCUGUCUUCACAGUCCUGUUGGCAUUCUGUUCUUUUGAGUUCCCAUCAGAAUUGGCCAUUAAUCUCUGCUUACAGUAAUCCAAAGUAAUCCAAGCUUGUGCUGCUGCACAUCUCAAAAUUCCUCCUACCAAUUCCAAAAAGCCAUAGCGCGCUCUCCUGGCAUGCGUGUGGCCUGGGUUCGAUCCUCAGCACCACAUACAAACAAGAACAGCACCUUUUAGGGUCUGAGGGAUGGGGAAGGUAUCAUUAGUUUUCUAUGUUGUUGUAACAAAGUACUUCAAAUUGAGCCAUUUAACAAGCAGAAAUUUAUUGUCUCGUACUUCUGGAAGCUAGAAGUCUUAGCUCAAGGUUGAUUACUUCAGAAGGCUCUCUCUUUGGCUUACAGAUAACAAUCUUCUCUGUCUCUUCACGUUUUCUUCCCUUUCUGUAUUCCUGUAUCCAAAUUCCUUAUCUUAUGGGGCCUACCAUGAUGAUCUCAUUUUAACUUGACCCAAUCUCCAAUAAGGUCACAUUCUGAUACAUUGAAAGUUAGGACUUCAGCAUAUGAAUCUUGGGAGGAUGUAAUUCAGUUCUCAACAAUUAUCACUGUAUCACCAAAAAUACAUAAACAUAGAAUUGACCAAAUUAUAUUCAAGUAUGAGUAUGUCAAAAUGAAUCCUACUGUUAUAUAUAAUAUUAUGUGCCAAUAAAAAUACUAAAAAGCAAUAACAAAAAAUGAAUAUUUAGUAAGCAGUUGCUGCAGGAAUAAAUAUUAGUAUGGGUCUAAUAUUUUUAUAUUUAAUGCCAAUCUUUUUUUUUUUUUUGCAUUCAUGUAAUUCAGUCAAUAGAUCUCAGCAUCUUUGAUGGGUCAGCCAUCAGGAAUAUUUUAUUGAUUGUGUUUCUUUUGUAUCCUUGUGUUUGCGUGUAAGUCUAAUAUUUUCCCAAAAUUUCUAUGGUAAUUAAUACCAAUCUUGUUAAUUAACUUUGGUUUUAAUAAUUUUUUUGGUAAAUUUUAUUAUGUGUAAACAUAUAUGUAUACAAUUAUAUCACACAUUCUGAAAAAUGUGCAAAUUGUAAAUGUAGAGCUCAAUGAUUUUCACAAAGUGUGACUAACCCACAAAGAAAUAGAACACCACUGGAAGGUUCCGAUCUGUACCGUCCUUCUCCCCAAAGUAGCUACUCUCCUGAAUUUUCUUACCAUAGAUGAAUGUUUCCUGAUUUUGAAUUUUAUAUAAAAAAUAAUGCAUUUA